AUGCCAUCGCCUCGGAUCGCUGCGGCCACUACGGACAGUUCAGUGCGACUGUGGUCCGUGCUCGCAGGCGGAGCUGCCCUGAGGUUGGCAUUGAGUACGACCAGCCUAGCCGAGGUUCUACGGGAUCGGAAUGAACUCGUGACGCCCAUCACUUCCUUCACGCGGUGUAAGCACUCUCUGCACUGGAGCACGCGUCGGUCUGAAGUCUUCGCAGCCCCCCCACUUUCGUGGUCCUCAGCUCACGCUUGCCUACUGCAUCUCACAGUACAAGAAGGCUUCUAUCUCGUCAACACACUCCAGCAGGAUCCAUACUUGGGAGGAUCAUUCCAUCACCCGCCGCUGCUACUGCUGCUAGGCCAACUCGUAUCCCCCAAGGCUCGGCCCCUGUUCGCCCAUCUCGCGUGGACCGCGACCGACCUCGUCACCGCUUACUACCUCGCACGAGUUGUUCAACGAAGAACCAAAGAAGCUGUUCUCAAGGACGAUGAGCGACUGUGGUCACCGUCCUCUGUCGCGGCUUUGUACGUCAUCCUCCCUUUAGCUGAACAUAAUGUGCCUGGCUCAAUCCCCUCCUUGUUCGAGCAAAGGUACUGCCUCCAUCCCUUCUCGAUCGCGACCGGCCUUUCACUUUCGACACAAGUAUUUUCGCAUCAUUUCGUAGUCUUUGCCCUCCUCUCCGCCAUUCAAGGUACAUCAUUCUCCACCUUGCCCUCCUUUCGUCGGUGCUGACAUGAACCUCCUCACACUUGUCAAAACCGCGCAGGCAAUGCCUAUUCUGCCGUCUUUGCCAUCUCCAUCGCAUCGCACCUUUCCCUAUAUCCCGUACUGCUACUCCCUCCACUCGUCGUACUCGCUCACCGUCAAAAUCCUCGCUCGACUUCCAUAGCCCGAGCUGCAAUCUUCGCCAGCGCCGCCUUUGUGUCCCAUCAAGCAGUCGUGCUGGGCCUCUCGUACUACUUGGCUGGAUCCUGGAACUUUCUCUCGAGUGUAUAUGGUGUCAUGUGAGUCCCUCCCAUGAUCCCUUAGGCCCAGGAAUAGCGCGAUAACCGAAACUCGCUCUUCCUUCGGUGUGCCCAGCUUGACAAUCCCCGAUCUCACGCCCAACAUCGGUAUCAGCUGGUACUUCUUCAUCGAGAUGUUUGAUCACUUCCGUGCCUUCUUCGUCGGCGUCUUUCAAAUACAUGUCCUCAUCUAUGUCGCUCCCCUGACAUUUGCCUUCCGGCGAGUAUAUCCCGCCAUGGAUCUACUUCGAAGUGGUGCUCAUUAGACUGUAUGAACCCUUCUUCUAGGUCGGAUCCGAUGUUCGCUUUGGUGCUCAUGGUCGGCAUCAUUGCCUUAUUCAAGUCCUACACCGCUCUCGGCGACUUUGCGCUCUGGCACGCCGUUCUGGCCCUCUACAGCGAGCUCGCAUCUCGUAAGCGCCUACGAUCGGCCCACUCCUGCUCUAGAUACUAACGCCUUCCUUUGUGAGUCAUGACAGAUAUUACUCGACCCCUGGUCUAUUUUGGUUUAACGCUUUACGCCCUCGCCUUACUCCCUUCUUUCCACCACCUAUGGCUCUACUCCGGUUCAGGCAACGCCAAUUUCUUCUACGCCUCGACGCUCGUCUGGGCGAUCGGACAAGGUGGGUUAUUGAUUGAGGUUUUGGAUGCCAAGUUGAAGAGGGAGGUGGUGAAUACUUUGGAUGAGCAGGGGAGGGAAUUGGUCAAGAAGGGGAGGUGGAGGGUAUUGCAGAGGUAA